AUGAAGGCUCCUCUAUCAAAGGCGUUGAUCAUCAAAAUCAACUUGGUUUUCUUGGCUUGCUUCUUGAUUGCUUACGCCGGCCUUCUUCUCCGUCCAUCAACUUCUGUUUAUCACGAAAAUGCAGAAUCCAUUGUUGUAUGCUCGUCGCGUGAAUGUAAGGCCGGAGGUGAGAUAAAGAUGAAAGAAGAGUUGAAACAACCAGUGGUUAACGAUACAAUAAGAAAAAUGAUAAAGCAUGAUCAAUUGUCUAGUUUCUUGGACACGAUGGGAAAAGGUACGAAUUCGAAAAUUGGGAUGGUGAAUAUGGAGGACGAGAAUAUUAGCGACUGGAGCAAACACGGAGAUAUUAUAAUACCAGUAGAAUUCGAGAAGGUUUCAGACUUGUUUGAAUGGAAAGAUUUGUUUCCACCAUGGAUAGAUGAAGAAGAAGAGAUAAUUGUACCCAAAUGUCCUAAAAUAUCAAUGCCAGUUUUCGAUAACUACGGUAGGAUGGACAUGAUUGUUGCAAAAUUGCCAUGCAAGUAUCCAGAAGAAGGGUGGGGAAGAGAUGUGUUUAGGGUGCAAGUGCACCUUGUGGUGGCAAAUUUGGUAGUGAAGAGAGGAAAAAAGGGUUUGAAUGGGAAGAUAAAAGUGGUGUUUUUGAGCAAAUGUAGGCCUAUGGUGGAGUUGUUUAGAUGUGAUGAUUUAAUGAAACAAGAAGGAGAUUGGUGGUAUUAUCAACUGGAUGUUGUUAAGUUGGAACAAAAGGUUUCUUUGCCAAUUGGUUCUUGCAAUUUAGCUUUGCCUUUCUGGGGAAAAGAAAUGAACGAAGUCUACGAUGUUUCUCACAUUAAAAGCAUCACAAAGACAGCAAAACGAGAAGCCUACGCCACAGUUCUUCAUUCCUCUGAAGAUUAUGUUUGUGGUGCACUUGCUCUAGCUCAAAGUCUUCUCAGAACAGGAACCAAACAUGAUCUUCUUCUCCUUUUGGACCUCAGUAUCUCCGAGCCUAAACGUGAGGCCCUCGUCAAAGCCGGUUGGAAACUCCGAUUCAUCGAUAGAAUCCGAAACCCUAGAGCUAAGAACAAGACAUAUAAUGAAUACAACUAUAGCAAGUUCAGGCUAUGGCAACUCACAGACUAUGACAAGAUCAUUUUUGUCGACUCUGAUAUAAUCGUCCUUCGUAACAUCGAUUUUCUUUUCUAUUUGCCCCAGUUGUCAGCUACAGGUAACAGCAGGUCCAUUUUCAAUUCCGGACUAAUGGUGAUCGAGCCAUCAAAUUGCACGUUCGAUAUGUUCAUGCAACGUACUAAAGAUGUUAUCUCAUAUAAUGGAGGUGAUCAAGGCUUCCUUAAUGAAGUGUUUGUAUGGUGGCAUAGGUUACCAAGAAGGAUAAAUUUCUUGAAAGAUUUUUGGACAAAAAAAAAUGGGAUUAGUCGUAAGGACCAUUGGUAUGGAGCAGAUCCUCCAAUUCUUUAUACUAUACAUUAUCUAGGAUUAAAGCCAUGGAUGUGUUAUAGGGACUAUGAUUGUAAUUGGAAUGUUCUUGAAUAUCAUGAGUACGCGAACGAUGACGCACAUUGGAGAUGGUGGAAAUUUCAUGAUACCAUGGAUGAGAAAUUACAGAAAUAUUGUGGGUUGUCAAGGUUGGACAUAAUACGCUUGGAAUGGAUGAGGAACAAGGCUGAAAAAUUGGGGUUCAAAAAUGAACAUUGGAAGAUAAAUGUUACUGAUCCAAGACGGCUUGUUUGAUUAACUAAUUGCCUUCUUCAAACAAUUCUUUUCCUUUUGUUGUUUUUGUUCUCUUAA